AUGUCAAUUCCUGGUAUGACAUACGGCGCUGUCCUUAACACCCAUGCCAAUCGCCGUCGUGCCACUACCAAGCCUGUUGCUCCCACAACCUCAUGUUUGCCUGAAAAGGCCGCCCAGACGCCUGCUGAUGGCCGCAGUGAGCCCCAUCAGCAGAAGCGCAGUCGCAGCGAGGAGUCCCUCAGGGAAACCCCUCCUGCUAAAAUGCCUUCUCUAGUUACCGCUUCGGGGUCGCUGGAAAAAACCCGGGUGCCGGCUGCAGCCGCCAUCCCCGCACUAGCGGCCCCGGCUGUCUCUGAGCCGGUGACUGCUGCUGCCAAAGGUCAAGGUGCAGCCCUGCCGGCGCCCGUGUCCUCAGCCUCCGCACAGUCCAUGCCGGGGGCUCCAUCCGUGCCCCGCUCCCUUGCCGCUUCUUCGGGGUGGCGGAAGGUUGCGGGGUGCAGGAUGGGGGCGCAGCUCAUCACAGAGCCUGAUGAUUUCCUGACUGGGAAAUCUAUACACCCGCAACAGGUGUUCAUCACUAACGUGUAG